AUGUCUCGCCUAGCUGCACCCGGGUUGAUCCUAGGCCUUCCUCCUCCCUCUCAAACCCCCAGGCACAGGGGAUUUUCCUAUUGCUCCCGCCUAAAAUGCCGCGGUGACGCCCGGUGGGACAGGUCCGGGCGGCGCGCGGGUGCUUUCAAGUCCCCUGGUCCCGGGCUUGCAAGUGCGGGCCUGUGCCGGGCUCUGCAGCUGGAACAUCUGCUCUCAUGUGCCGACUCGCCGAGCCCAGAGCAGGGCCCCGCGGCUUCCCUGGUCUGCCUCAAGUAUACCCACCCCGGGCCCCCUCGCCCUCUGGCAAAGCAGGCGUUCCCCCAGCGUUUCCACCCUCCCAAGGCAGCUCCAGGGGCCGGACCCCGAGGACACAACUACCUCCCACGAGGCUCCUACGUUUCUGUCCCUCUCCACCCACACGACCCAGCGCUGUGGCAAGAAGAAUCUUGUUCAAUCCACCAAAUCUAUGUGAGACAAGAUCCCAGAAUCCAUACCUAUGGACUCCGACAAUCCAUCUCAUUGAACAGCAGACUUCAGGACUGCUACGUGAUCUUACCAGCUCUCACCAACAUCUGGGCAGCCCGAACUGGUGCAAAGCAGGUCAAGGCCCCAGCACCAGGUGCCACCUCUUGUUGGAAAGUGGUUAAGAACCCAAGAGUUGCCAACUCAUUCUCCCUGGUCAAGCUUGUGCUUAGAUGGCAACGGAAGGAUAAAUGCCAGCGAGCACCUUCCAAAUUCAUAGAAGCAAAGCCCUCAAAGGGAUUGAAGUCCAAGGACAAUGCAAUGCUGAAAGGCACACAGAGGCACAGGACAAGAAACUCUAAGAGCAAGGAGCUACUGGGGCAGCUGCCAGGGUCCCUGGGGCACAGGAGGCCUGCAGGUGGCAUCAGAGAGAAUAAAGAAGGUUCAAAGGAGAAAAAAGUAACAGUCAGCCAAGAUCUUGACGACAGAUAUGCUGAACAUGUGGCCACCACCCAAGUGCUACAGGACAGUGAGAUGGCAGCCUGGAAGGCAGUGUUUCCUGAAACCCGAAAGGGGCAGCAGUUGGAGGGUGUACCAAUCAUCCAUGGCCUCUCCACUGAAGGUUACCAGGCUUUGUACCACGCUGUGGUGGAGCCCAUGCUGUGGAAUCCUUCUGGAAUCCCCAAAGGAUACAGCUUGGAGCUGGGCAAGGCCAUGAAACAAAAGCUCUGUGCUGUCAGGCUGCCACCCUGGAAACUGCUUAGGACCUGGGCUGGGCACAAAGUAUGGUUGGGUGUCCCCAAUGGGCCUGUGACUAAGAAAUGCCCCAAGUUAGAAUGGAAAAUAACCAAAGGAGCUCAUGGGAUUAGAGUAUUCUCUGCUACAUGUCUGAAAAAUAAACUGCACAUUUCACCUAAACUCAGAGUUCACAAAUUAGUGAACACCCUCCUUGGGAAAUGGGACAAAUGA